AUGAACUCGCUCUACAACCAAGCAUUGCGGCAGUUCUCGUCCAUCCAAUCCGACAUCUCCCGCAUCGACUCCGAGGGCGACACCGCCUCAUCGACCGCCUUUGGACCCGUCACUGUCUCGCUUUCCUCACUCGAGCGCACCAUUGACGAGUACGAAAAUUUAGCCAAGAAGGAGCUCAUCCAGUCCAAGCAAGAAAAGGCGCUCACACGGGUCUCCAAAUUCCGUACCGACUACGCCGAGCUGUCCUCGCAGCUCGCACGGCUCAAGGCCAAAGGCGCUCUCUCUAACGGUAACGGUAAUGGCUCUGCCUCAGCGUCGUCCUCCUCCACCCUCCGCUCGCCGACCAACGCCGGGUUUGGGCAGAACGCGAAUCGGCGCGUGAGCGCUAUUGCCGAAUCGCCGUUCAGCUUGCAUGCGCGCAAUUCGGCACCACCGCAAGCAGAUCCAUUAGCUGCUUACAAGAUGAAUGCAUCCGCAGCCGCAAUGUUUGGCGGCGAGGGCGGGUUUUCAGCGAGAGAGUCACACGCGUUGAGAGAGCACUCGUUUAUCCAGCAGACCGAGGCGCAGCUCGACGCCUUCAUCGCCCAGGGCAGGGAGGUGUUUGGCAACCUCGUCGAACAGCGCGGCAUCCUCAAGGGCACACAAAGGCGCCUGCGGGACGCUGCGAAUACGCUCGGGCUCAGCAGGGACGUCAUCGGGUAUAUCGAGAGGAGAAGCACACAGGACAACAUCAUCUUCGCACUAGGCGCACUCUUUACGCUCGUUUGCUUCUGGUACAUCUACAAGUGGUUCGGGUAG